GUUUCUGGCACCCGAGAACAGUGGUGCACUGUUUCUGCUGCCCCCGUUUGCCUAAUUGGCCCAGGCGCUCCACCAGAGCAAAGCCGCCCUAGAACUCCUCGCUGGCCGCCCCCGCGGCUCGCAGCUCGGUAGAGGCGGGAAAGCAGCGCGCCUGCGCCGUGGGAACCGGGGCCGGAGGCGAAAAGCGGGGAGCGGAGGGGGGCCGUUGGAGCCGAGUAGCGUACAGAGCGGCGUGUGACGCGGGGACGCCGCGCGCUCCCAACGUCGCCCCGGUUUGACGCACACGGCACCAAACUGUCUGAUUCCCUGGCCUUUGUGUCCCUGGGAGCUUAAUCUCUGCCAGAGGAAAGCAGGUGUGCUCCACUUCUCCCGUGAACCUGAAGAUGAGUUGUCCCAGACCCUUCUCAGUGAUUGGAAACUUAGGUGGUGGAGCUAAAGGUUUCUUGUUACGAGACUUCCACAGACGACUCUCGUGUUGGGAUCCAUCCAUGGUUUAGCAGCAUUAGUGGAAAACUUUCCUUGAACUGCCUAAGUAAUAUUGACAUAAAUUUAGUUGUUAUAAAACUUUCAUGUCUAGACUUCACAUUUUGUGUGGUCAUUGAGAAGUACUCCACAAGGGGGUAAACACAAUGGGGGCCUAAAUGAUGGUCCUGUUUUGUAUACAAGUCAAUAAUUACAACGGGAAUACCAAAACACCAUCAUCUCUUCUGGCCAGUUCUGACUAAUGCCAGGCUUGUUGCAUCUGGAUGAUAGAUUAGAUUUGCCUUAAUAGUAUAUUGCCUCUCUGCAGUAGUUUAGUUACAUUUCUUUGGUCCAAGAAGAAGGAAAGCAUUUCAAAAAAUAGACAACUCAAGUUACUCAAAGGAAACCUGCUGUUUGCCUUCAGUGUCAUGUAUGCCAUUAAGAACAUUCAUAAUUCAUGAGAAGCGGUCAUAAUAACAACAUGGACAGCAAUUUGGAAGAAGCUGAAUUCAACCCUCAUGGAUGACUUGGAGAGAGGUUCAUGACUUCAGUGGAGGAAGUAACUUCAGGUGUGGUGGAAAUAGCAAGACAACUAGAAGUGGAGCCCGAAGGUGUGACUGAAUGGCUGCAAUCUCAUGAUAAAGCUUGAACAGGUGAAGAGUUUCUUCAUAGGGAUGAGCAAAGAAAGUGCUUUUUAAAGAUGCACUCCAGUGGUGAAGAUGCUGUGCAGAUUGUUGAAAUGACAACAGAGGAUUUACAUAUUAUAUAAACUUGAUAAAGCAACAGCGGGUUUGAGAGGACUGGCUCCAUUUUUCAAAGAAAUUUUACUGUGGCUAAAUUGUUUUCAAACAGCAUCACUUGCUACAGAGAAAUAGUUCAUGAAAGGAAGACUCAUUUGAUGUGGCAAACUUGUCUUAUUUUAAGAAAUUGCCGCAGCCACCCAACCUUCAGUAGCCACCACCCUAAUCAGUCAGCAUCUAUCAACUCUGAGGCAAGACCAGCAAAAAGAUUAUGACUCAUUGAUAACUCAGAAAAUGUACUUGGAAACAUCCUGGGAAGGAUUCCCAAUUUCCCACACUGGCCUGCCUCCUCAUCUAUGAACAAAUUGCUGUGGCUGCCUGAGGAAUUCUCAUCAGCCUGGAUGCCACUUGUUCAUCCCUCAGUCCAGAGGCCUAUGGUGCCAUUUUAACAGUUUGAGUUAAUUUCGAAUGAGAUUGUUUUUGCAACGAGAUGUUAAUAAGACAAAAUCUAGAAAUAAACCAUCCCCUGCCCCCGCCCCGUGGUCACGACUAAAUGUGUUAAAUGGGCUUGCCAACAAUAUGGAUGAUUUGAAGAUAAACACCGAUAUUACUGGUGCUAAAGAAGAACUCCUAGAUAACAACAGUUUUAUCUCAGACAAAGAGAGUGGAGUUCAUAAACCAAAAGAUUGUCAGACAUCAUUUCAGAAAAAUAAUACACUCACUCUGCCUGAAGAACUGUCGAAGGACAAAUCUGAAAAAGCCUUAAGUGGAGGCCAGUCUACUCUAUUUAUACAUGCUGGUGCUCCUACUGUUUCUAGUGAAAACUUUAUCUUGCCUAAAGGAGCUGCUGUUAAUGGACCAGUUUCACACUCCUCCUUAGCUAAGACUUCCAGUAUGAAUAAAGGCAGUGUUUCAUUAACCACUGGACAACCUGUGGAUCAGCCAACAACAGAAUCUUGUUCAGCUUUGAAGGUGGCACCUGAUCUUCAGCUAUCUACACCACAGAAAGCAAAUCAACACCAAGUUUUAUUUUUGUUAUCAGAUGUAGCACAUGCUAAGAAUCCAACCCAUUCCAUUAAAAAACUACCUACCUCUGCUUCCGUUGGUUGUGACAUUCAGAAUUCAGUAGGGAGUAGUAUAAAGUCAGAUAGCACUUUAAUAAACCAAGUAGAGGUGGGUGAGGAUAGUGAUGAUUUAUUGGUAAAAGAUGAUUGUGUUGAUACAUUAACAGGAAUCUCCUCAGGUACAGAUGAAUUUAGGUCAGAAAAUGAGACAAACUGGGAUCCCCAAAAAGAGUUCAUUCAGUUUCUUAUGACUAAUGAAGACACAGCGGAUAAAGCUCCAGUUCACUCCAAAGUAGGUCUAGAAAAAAAGAGAAAGCGGAAAAUGGAUGUAAGCAAGAUAACUCGUUACACUGAAGAUUGCUUUAGUGAUUCAAAUUGUGUACCCAAUAAGUCAAAAAUGCUAGAAGUAGACUUUCUAGAACAGAAUGAAGAACUACAAGCAAUAGACUCACAGAAAUAUGCAUUAUCAAAAGUGAAGCCUGAAUCAACUGAUGAAGACUUGGAAUCUGUGGAUGCUUUUCAGCAUCUAAUUUAUAACCCAGAUAAGUGUGGCGAAGACAGUUCACCCGUUCAUACUAGCACUUUUCUUUCUAAUACCUUAAAAAAGAAAUGUGAAGAAAGUGAUUCCGAGUCACCUGCUACUUUCAGCACCGAAGAGCCAUCAUUUUACCCCUGUACAAAGUGCAAUGUGAAUUUUAGGGAGAAGAAGCACCUCCACAGGCAUAUGAUGUAUCAUUUAGAUGGGAAUAGCCACUUUCGUCAUCUUAAUGUCCCAAGGCCAUAUGCUUGUAGAGAAUGUGGACGGACAUUUCGAGAUCGUAACUCACUUCUGAAGCAUAUGAUUAUUCACCAAGAAAGAAGACAGAAGUUGAUGGAGGAAAUUCGCGAAUUGAAAGAACUUCAGGAUGAAGGAAGAAGUGCACGAUUACAGUGCCCUCAGUGUGUGUUUGGUACCAAUUGCCCUAAAACAUUUGUGCAGCAUGCUAAAACCCAUGAAAAAGAUAAAAGGUACUACUGCUGUGAAGAGUGUAACUUCAUGGCAGUGACAGAAAAUGAAUUAGAAUGCCAUCGAGGCAUUGCCCAUGGAGCGGUGGUAAAAUGCCCUAUUGUCAGUUCUGAUAUAGCCCAGAGAAAAACGCAAAAAAAGACUUUCAUGAAAGACUCUGUUAUAGGAUCAUCCAAAAAAUCAGCUACCUACAUAUGUAAGAUGUGUCCUUUUACGACUUCAGCCAGAAGUAUUUUAAAAAAACACAUGGAGUACUUGCAUUCAUCAUCAUGUGUUGAUUCAUAUGGUAGUCCACUUGGACUUGAUAAAAGAAAAAGUGACAUUCUUGAAGAACCUAUAGAUAUUGAUAGCACUAAACCAUUAAUUAAACAACAGUCAACCACAUUUCCAAAGAACUCUGCUUUAAAACAAGAUGUAAAGCGAACAUUUGGAUCAUCCUCACAAUCAAGUAAUUUUUCCAAAUUCCAUAAGCGGCCACACAGAGUACAAAAAGCUCGGAAAAGCAUUGCCCAGUCAGGUGUAAAUGUGUGCAAUCAAAACAAUUCUCACAAGACUGUUAUGAUUAAAAGCAGCACUGACCAAAAACCUAAGUAUUUCCAUCAAGCAGCAAAAGAAAAAUCUAAUGCCAAGGCGAAUAGCAACUAUUUAUAUAGACACAAAUAUGAAAACUACAGAAUGAUCAAAAAAUCAGGUGAAUCAUAUCCUCUACAUUUCAAAAAAGAAGAAGCCAGUUCACUAAACUCUUUACAUCUGUUCUCAUCAUCAAGUAAUUCUCACAACAAUAGUUUUAUUUCAGACCCUCAAAACUCUGACACGAAAAGGCCAGAAAGCUUCAGAGAACACAGGCGUGUAGCUGUAAAGAGAGUAGUUAAGGAAUCCAAGAAGGAAAGUUCUGUUGGAGGAGAAGACUUGGAUAGCUAUCCAGAUUUCUUACAUAAAAUGACUGUUGUUGUUUUGCAAAAACUUAAUUCUGCUGAAAAGAAAGAUAGCUAUGAAACAGAAGAUGAAAGUUCCUGGGAUAAUGUUGAGCUAGGUGACUACACUACACAGGCCAUAGAAGAUGAAACCUAUAAUGAUAUUAAUCAAGAACAUGUAAACUUAUUCCCGCUUUUUAAAAGCAAGGUAGAAGGUCAAGAGCCUGGAGAAAAUGCUACCCUUAGUUAUGACCAGAAUGAUGGCUUUUAUUUUGAAUAUUAUGAAGAUGCUGGAACUAAUAACUUUUUGCAUGAGAUACAUGAUCCUCAGCAUUUAGAAAAUGCAGAAACUUCAUUGUCAAAGCAUAGUUCUGUUUUUCACUGGACCGAUCUGUCUCUUGAGAAGAAAUCAUGUCCUUACUGCCCAGCAACAUUUGAAACAGGUGUUGGGUUAUCAAAUCAUGUUCGAGGACAUCUUCACAGGGCUGGAUUAAGCUAUGAAGCCCGUCAUGUUGUAUCACCGGAACAAAUAGCCACAAGCGACAAAAUGCAACAUUUCAAAAGAACUGGCACAGGGACACCUGUUAAGCGAGUUAGAAAAGCUAUAGAGAAGUCUGAAACCACUUCUGAACACACUUGUCAGCUCUGUGGUGGUUGGUUUGAUACUAAAAUUGGAUUAUCGAAUCAUGUUAGAGGCCAUCUGAAAAGACUUGGAAAGACCAAAUGGGAUGCUCAUAAAUCUCCAAUCUGUGUUUUGAAUGAAAUGAUGCAAAAUGAAGAAAAAUAUGAAAAAAUCUUAAAAGCAUUGAACAGUCGUCGUAUUAUUCCCAGACCAUUUGUAGCUCAAAAACUUGCAUCAAGUGAUGACUUUCUAUCUCAAAAUGUUAUACCUCUUGAAGCAUACCGUAAUGGCCUAAAGACUGAAGCUUUAUCAGUGUCUGCAUCAGAAGAGGAAGGGCUGAGUUUCUUAAAUGAAUAUGAUGAAACAAAACCAGAACUGCCCAGUGGAAAAAAGAAUCAGUCUCUUACACUGAUAGAACUGCUUAAAAAUAAAAGGAUGGGAGAAGAAAGGAAUUCUGCUAUUUCUCCUCAAAAAAUUCAUAAUCAAACUGCAAGAAAGAGAUUUGUUCAGAAGUGUGUUCUUCCAUUAAGUGAAGACAGUCCGUUGAUGUAUCAGCCACAAAGAAUGGACUUGACUAUGCACUCAGGUAUGCCUGUGAAGCUUAGAACAUGUGUGCAUUGCAAUACGACGUUUACAAGUGCUGUUAGCCUGUCCAACCACUUACGCGCUUAUGCACGAAAGAAGAGUGCUGGACUUUUGACUGGUACAGCCUUAGAUUGUAAGCAAAAGAAAUCAAGGUCAAGAUCUGGAAGUAAGAAGAAAAUGCUAACGUUACCUCAUGGUGCUGACGAGGUUUACAUUCUCCGAUGCAGGUUUUGUGGCCUAGUCUUUCGUGGACCAUUGUCUGUUCAGGAAGACUGGAUUAAGCACUUACAACGACACAUUGUAAACGCUAAUCUUCCACGGACUGGAGCUGGCAUGGUGGAAGUCACGUCACUACUUAAAAAGCCUGCCUCCAUUACAGAAACUUCAUUUUCUCUACUAAUGGCAGAAGCAGCUUCAUAGAACAAGGAAACCUUUUAAAUAGCAAAUUUAAAUUGGAUGUACAUUUGAAAUUCUUUGUCUUUUUUUUUUAAAGCCACGUUAAAUUAUCCGUUUAUAAAUACUAAAGCAGGAAUAUGGGGAAAAGUGAAUUACAGUGACAUCAGAGCAAACUGAGUACUUCAAACAGUAAGUAGUCUAUAUAUUUUAUAUAGGACGGAAGCUGUGUUUUUAAGGUUUACUAAGUUUUGUCAGUUAAUGGUGUUCACUCGAUGAAAGAUCAGUACAUGUAAGCAGUCAUUAAUAAACUGUUGCACAUGAAUAACUUAAAGACAGACUUACUGGAAAAUUACAUUUUCUGCAGUGUUACCAGAAUCAAAGUUCUGUUUAUUCCCCACAAGACUUGCAUUGAAAAAUAAGAUAUUAUAUUUUGUUUGUAUGUAUUUAGUGUUUUGUAUAAUACCAGGAACCGCUAAACUAAAUUUACUCAACUUAGGGCAUUAAAUAUCAUGUACUUCAUAGUUUGAGACUGUUCACUCAAAUAGGGCAGAGUACUAUUCUAUCUAGAUGUGUAAGUGUUUUUUUAAAAUCACAUGGAACGGUUUUUUUUAUACUAAAAAGUGGAGGGAGAUUUGUUUAAACAAGUAUUUCUAAAAGAAAUAUGUACAUAGUCCUGGAAAUUAUUUGUGGUAAGGAAAUAUUCUUUACUCCAGUUGCAUUUCUCAGACAAUAAAGUGGUGCAUCCAUGCUACCUCCUACUUUGUCAACAAAGAUGCUAUUUACCCUUUACAUUUUUGUAUCAUAAUAGAUUUAAAAAAUCUAAUGUUCUUUAUUGCAAGACAUCCCUUUUGUUAACAGAUUUGUUUCUUUUUAAUGUUUUACUUAAAUUUUGACAUGCUUACAGGACAGGUUUGCCUCUUACUUUAUUUAACAUUGUAGAAAUGUAAUUAAUGAACAAUGCUCACUACACAAUUUAGAAUAGGCUUUCUCAUUUAUAUUCCAAAUUUGAUCAGUUAGCAAAACUUAAUACACCAAUUGAAAUAUUUCUACAUAUGAUGAGAAUGUUUACAAUUUAAAUUUUAGAACUUGUUUUGGAUGUGACUAUAUGUACGAAAAUCGUGUAACACUAUGCUCAUGCUAAGAACCGACAUAACGGAAUUACUGAAAUAAAUGUGCUGUGAGGAAUGGAAAAUAUGGUGCAGAUGUCUUGGUCAUGAUAAAUUGUGAUUCUUUUAAACUCUUUCCAAAAACAAAUUAGUUCUUUUAACCUGCAAUCAGAUUCCUUUACAAAUAACAGUUUUUGUAUGCAAGCACCAUUUCAUUUUAUUUCAUGUAGUAUGGCUAAUACUAUAGUUGAAACAAGGAUAUGCAUUGAUAAUUUUCUUCGUAUGUAAAUAAAGUUAAAAACAGUUAAAAUAAGGAGUAUUUUGGUAGAGUAUAUACAUACCUCACUGCCAGUGAAUUGCUUUCCUAUGGUAUAUCUCCUUACCAGAAAAAUCUCUAAAUAAAAAAAGACUUAAAGAAAAUUA